AAACGUUACCUGGUCCGUCAGUUCAGGUUGAGCGCUCGAGUUGUUCGGUUGUCAGACGCGCGUUACCAUCUCAUCUCCAAGAAAGAGCUGCAAAAGGGGCUUCCAGUGAAAUCAGCGGCUUAGUGUGAUAUCCAUAGUUUCGUGAAGUGUAGUGAAAAGCCAAUUCGAAUCGGACAAGUCGCAGACAGAAGACAUUCGAGGCAGAAUAGAACACCUCAAGUGCCCCAAGUACACAAGUACAGCCAAUAACAGCCAGCAAUCAACCAUCCAGCCAGCCAACACACGCAGCUACAAAAUGGAAUACCGGUGCCUAAGUAGAAGUUCUGUCAAACACCUAACGGCUCUCUGCGUCAUCAGCAUCGCACUCACCUGCGCAAACGCGGCUCUGUGGCCGAGCUACAGCAGCGAUGAUGCGCCCGCCAGCCGCUGCAGCGGUGGGCGUGGCCUUAAGUACCUGUCCGGCGAUGCGCUUACGGAUUCACUCGAUUGUCUGGGGCCCAAUAAUGCGCCAUACCCAAGCGCGGCCGUGGCGCGCACAUUCUCCAACUGGAACGGAAACUCGCGACGUGGCCGCCAGAGCAAAUUGCCCAGCACACUGGACCCCGCCAUAACCACCAGUGCUCUACUGAGGGCCUACGACGAGGUGAACAACGAGGCCGUCGGAAGCAGUCGCUAUGGUCGAUCGCUGAAGAACGGCUCGCCGGCGCAGCAGUGCAAGAGCGAGACGCCGGCGCGGCUCUGCAAGACCCGCUACAACACCACGGCGCCCAUGUACGGGGUGAGCCUAACCUCCGGACAGCCGGUGACCAUCGUCCAGAAGUUCCCCGAUCUCCUCCAGCAGGUGGUCUUCGAAGUGUGCGAGUCCUCUGAGUGCGACGUGGUUCGCGGCGAGUGUACGCAAACCUAUGUGCCCUACCUUUUCCUGGUCAUUCCCCUCGGCCCGGUGACGCUGACUGGCCAGGAUUACGUGCUGGUGGAGAGCGGAUGCGUCUGCAAGCCCAAGUACUCGACGGGCGCCGCCCAGGAGCCCAAUAUGAUACCCUAGGGGGGCGAGGAGGAGGAGGAGGCGGUAACCACCAGGAACACCAACAGCAACCAAAAGAACUGAGCGAGUUUUGGGUCGGAGCGGAGCUGGGCUGAGCUGGCUGGCUGGCUAAAUUAAUGUGUACUUAAAAAGAGGAAUUAUUUUUUGUAGCGAAAUCAAUUUUGCAAUGUUAUUUAAUGUUUUCCCCCAUCUCUCAUUCUCCUUUUUUCAUUCCCUCUCAGCUGUAUAAAAUUGAAAUGCAAUUUUGCUCGAAAAAUAAUCAAAUCCUAAUGUUAAGUCUAAAUUUAAACAAAAUUGAAUUAAUGCCUCCGUGCAUUUGUAGUGUGUAUUUAUUAGAACCCCUAAUUACGGCAUUCGAAAAUGCAAAAUAAAAACAUUCGUUUCGAAAUGUGA